AUGUCUUUAGCGGCUCUAAAAUUAAAUCCAGCUAUAGCUAAACCUACAAGCAAUGGCCAAGUGCAUUGUAUUGUAUGCAAUGUCCAGGUGAAGCCCAAGAUUUGGACAGCACAUGUAAAUGGAAAAAAACACAAGGACUCUUGUGAAAGGCUAAAGCAACAACUUGUAUCCAGUACGAAACGGCCAAAUGAGGUCUCAUUACCUCAUAAUGGUGCUCCACCGAUUAAAAAAGCAAGAGAAGAUACUCAACCUGUUGCGUCGUCUAACGGUGUUCUCCCACCGGAUUUCUUCGAUGAGGAACCUGGACUGAGCAUCCAAACGCCAUGGCAAAAGAACAAAGGAGGUGAAAAUCCGGCUCUUCGCGAUAGGAAAGGCAUUAUUGAGGGUGUUCCACAAGGAUUCUUUGAUGAUAAAAGGAGAGAUGGAAUGGUAAGGGAAACAAUUGAGAAUGAAGCGCAAAUGAACGAAGAGUACGAUCGGCUUAUGCGAGAACUAAACGAAAAAAACAUAGAGGAAGAGGCAAAGGCAGAACAAGAAGACGAACGAGACGCUCUUUUACGUGACAUCGCCAAUGCUGAUGAGCAGAUGGAGAAGUUGAUGAGAUUAAACGCUAUGGAAAAGUUAAAAGAAGCACGAUUACGAGAGGCCCGUGAGAAGGCCGCUAUCCAAGAAAAUGACGAUGAAGGAAGCGGAGACGAAGAUAUUGACUUCACUAACUGGAGAGCAAAACGUGUCCUCUAG